UUUAUUUCAUCUCUCUCUCUCUCUCUCUCUCUCUCUCUCUUUGUACUUGUCUGCGUGGUUGAGUUAUCAAAUCGGUCAAGCAUGGCAGACACAGAGAAUGGCCGAGAAGUAGCAGGAGGGUUCAAGCUGUUUGGCAAAACAAUUCCGGUGGAGGGAAAAGAAAUAAGGGAAGAGAGUUCUAAGAGUGUAGAGACAUUAAUGGAGAAGAAGCCAGAAAAGAUAAUUCCAUGCCCAAGGUGCAAAAGCAUGGAGACCAAGUUCUGUUACUUCAAUAAUUACAACGUUAACCAACCUCGGCACUUCUGUAAGGGAUGCCAGAGAUACUGGACUGCCGGCGGGACUCUUCGGAACGUACCGGUUGGAGCCGGUCGCCGCAAAGCCAAGCCUUCAUCAUGUCAAGCCUUAAGUACUGAUGGGUUCCUAGAAAACUGCAUGUUUGAUAUUGUUGCACCAGCAGCACCGGCAGCACUGAACCAGUUUGAGUUGGAGGGGGUGGUAGAGCAGUGGCGCAUGGCCACCACCAGAAGCGGUUUCCAGCAUGUUUUUCCGGGAAAGCGGCGGAGCAAUAACUCAGCUGCUGGUCAAAUAUGUUGAAUUUCUUUCUCUGUCUCUAUCUCUAUGUGUUUAUUAUUAUUAUUGCUCCAAAGGUAUUGAAAAUUUGCAACUGGUAGUGUAUAUACAGGCUGGGUAUUAGUCAAUUAUAUAUUAACCUUCUUCCCUUUA